AGUAGGCGUGUUCGAUUUCAUAGGGCCCUGCGCAGACAUAUUCAUAUAUGACAUCACGAUACCGCGAGAGCGAUUCGAGAGCUUCGCUUUCGAAUCCCUCUCGCGGUACUGUGGUAUCAUACGUAGGUCAGACAGUCAUCGUAAUGUCAGAUGAAGUCGAAUACCCCAAAUGAAAGCAAGCAAAAUCUCUACAUCUGAAGACGACAGAGAGAAGAAGGAAGGAAAAUCUGAUGUUAUGGCAUCUGAAGGGGAAUAUAGAUGGAAUAUGUGGGCUUUUGUUGUGCUUCUGUUAGCUGUUACCGCAGCUCACGUGACAAAUGCAUCUCGCCUUCAUCGCAAGAUAUCCGUAUUGAAAAUGGACGAGGCAGCGCUGUCGGUCAUAAAUGAAAUCAAUGAUGAGAUGAUUCUCUUUGUGCUUUCUGAUCACUGUUACCAGUGUUUACCCCAGCCACUGGGACUAGUACCUGCAGGGCCGGGUCCUGGGACCCCUACUACUGUGGGAUUCACUGUUGGCACCCAGCACGCUCUGACAUUGCAGCUUAACAGCACACCUGUCAACAAGGAGCUAUGCAAGGUUCACUUUCACUUUGGGGAGCAGGGGAACUAUUCACUUUGGGUGAAGAACCUAGACGAAUCAUCGCAGGUUAGCUGUAAUAUGGUGACUGAUAAUGAGCCUGUCAACAGCUUCCUGCCCAUUUUGUUUGCUUUUCUGGUAUUUGCUGGAUUGAUUGCAUUAUCUACCAUCUGGAAAACAGUUAGAAGUCUGGAUGCUGUGAGGAAUUUACUCCUUCGCUUGGGGAGCGCAAUAGAGGCGGAGAGACUGAUAAAUUCGGAACUCGGCAGUCCUAACAGAUUAUCUGACAACUCGACAGAGUCGAUAAUUCCAGCAACCGCAGGGCGGAGGCUUCGCUCUUUGGACACUUUCCGUGGCCUGUCUUUGAUCAUUAUGGUGUUUGUCAACUAUGGAGGUGGACGCUAUUGGUUCUUCAGACAUGAGAGUUGGAAUGGUCUCACCCUGGCUGAUCUUGUGUUUCCGUGGUUUGUGUUCAUUAUGGGAACAUCUAUCGGCCUGUCCUUGAGCGGAUCAUUGCGCAGAGGCGUUAGGCGCACUCAUCUGCUGAGGAAGAUUUUCUGGAGGAGCCUACAACUCUUUCUCAUUGGAGUGAUUAUCAUCAAUCCAAACUACUGCCAAGGACCUUUGUCUUGGGAUUCGCUGCGCAUUCCUGGUGUAUUACAGCGCCUCGGCUUUACAUAUCUUGUCGUUGCUGCUUUGGAUCUUGCAGUUGCCCAGAACCGUCUCACAAAUGAGUCAAGUGAAUCAUGCUGGUACUCUCUGCAUGAUAUCUUUCUCUACUGGCCCGCAUGGCUAUGUGUGAUUGCCUUUGAGAUAGUGUGGCUGUGUUUGACAUUCCUUCUUCCAGUGCCGGGCUGCCCAACUGGUUAUUUGGGUCCAGGUGGCAUUGGCAACUACGGCCAGUAUCCAAACUGUACCGGGGGAGCCGCAGGUUACAUCGAUCGCUGGUUACUCGGAGAGAACCAUAUUUACCAAACACCUUCAGUACGGGUUGUUUAUCAGUCUCCCGUGCCAUUUGACCCAGAAGGAGUUUUGGGAAGCAUCAACUCCAUAUUGAUGGCUUUUUUGGGUCUUCAGGCAGGAAAAAUUCUUCUACAUUACAGAGAUCAGCACAGACAAAUAAUGACACGAUUUUUGACGUGGGCAUUCCUGCUGGGGAUCCUGUCGGCUGUGUUGACUAAGUGCUCCACCAACAAAGGGUUUAUUCCUGUAAAUAAAAACCUAUGGUCUUUGUCCUAUGUGACAACUCUUAGCUGUUUUGCCUUUGUGCUUCUCAUGGUCUUUUACUACAUGGUGGAUGUCAAGAAGUGGUGGUCUGGAACGCCUUUCUUUUACCCCGGUAUGAAUUCAAUCUUGGUGUACGUGGGUCAUGAGGUGUUUGAAGAGUACUUCCCCUUUCGCUGGAAAAUGGCCAACAGCCAAUCACACGCUGAGCAUCUGACACAGAACCUCCUGGCCACCUCCAUAUGGGUGCUCAUUGCCUACCUGCUCUACAGAAAGAAGAUCUUCUGGAAGAUUUAAAAGCGUAUUUCCGUCCUGCAGAAAGGACCUGCACUUUGUUUUCUUUGGUCAUUUAGAUAGUUCUAGAUUUAGAGAAUCAGCAAAUUUCUGCACAUCUGCGCCUCGUUCGCAAGACAAAAUCCCACACAGGAUCCAGAAAUAGAACUUGAUAAAUAUAGGAGAACGGCAGAAGGAAAGAACAAAAGGGGUGAGAUCACGUGGCAUUACCAGGACAUCUCUGUGGACUUGGUCAGGCUAUCGAAAUGAAGGCCAAAGGCAGAUUCUUCUCUGAUUUCUAAUUCAAACUGCAAGUUUACCAUGUUAUACACAGAAAGCAGUGCGAAUAGUUUCUAAAUUGAGAGCCUAGAUAAGGCUGCAAUUUAAUUAGGUUUGAUUAAAGUACUGAUUUAUGCUAUUGUGUAACUAAAGAAAAUGUGGAAAAAAGAAAAAUGCCAAAACAAAUUGGAAAGGUUUUCCAUCAAGGUCUUCAAAACCUACAAAAAUGAUCAAAAUAUUAGUAUAUAGUGUUAUUGUUAUUUUUUUAAUGUAAUGAAUAUUCUAAACUGUUUUAAGUUUUUUUUAACUGAUGUGUACUUGCUUGCUUUUUGCAUGUUGUUACUGUUAUUUCAUUUUAGCCUGUGAUGAAAGUACUGUAUCUCAGUUAAAAGGUUGUGUGUUUCUGAAAGUGGAAGAAAGUCCUACGUUCUUAAAAACUCAGGAGAUUUGCACAGCUCCAGGUGCCAAAAAUAGUACACUUCUCAAAUGUGUUGGUUCUCUAAAAAAAUCCAUGCUUAUUAUAUAUUACUACAUAAAUCUAAUCACAGUUAAACAUUAUCACUAAUAUACACUAGUCAACAUUUGAGUGAAUCAAAACCUUUCAUAAAAGUUGAAUUAAAACCAGUACCCAAUACCCGUUCUUCUCUUAGGGCAACUUUAAUGAGCUUUUAUGAUUUACUUCAAAUGUUGACACUAUUUCCCUUAACUGUUGCUGCUUGUAAAAUGUUUGAGAAGGGAAAAUAUUAAUGUAUACUAUAUAUUGCAAGUUUACAUAAUCAUUGCUUUUAUGAUUUAUAAUGGAUAUUUUACAGAUGUAUGUAUUAUUUUAUCAUUUCUUUAUACAUGUAGCUGUUAAUUUUAUAUUUUGAAUUUUUGGGGAGAAUAAAACAUUUUACCAUAAGAUACAUUUACAUUA